AUGCGGCUGUGCCUGCUCUCCCUGCUCUCUCUCGCGAUGAGUGCGCUGCACCGCGUCGACGACGCCGCGAGCGGUGGCGCAGUAAUCGCCCUCAACAGCACCGCGGACGACCGACCCGUCUGGGCCGACGGCCGCCUCGCGGUCGCCGUCGCGGCUGCCGACGGGAGCUUGAUCGAGUUAGCACGACCACCGGACACGACGACGCUCGCGCUCACGACGGCACGUGACGGCCAACCGUUCGUCGACGUUGCCGUCGUGGCGGCCGCGCGCCCGACGACGCGAGACGCCGCCGUCCUCGCCGUGGUGCGCGUCUCGGUGCCGGCGGCGCCGCGCGGCUCGGUGCUCGUCGUCGCGUCUGUACGAUUUCGCGGCACCAAAGUCAUCGUUCGCGCGUACGACGCGGCCGACGGCGGGACCCGCGCUACGGCAAUCAGCCGAACGGGCCUCGCGCUGCCAGAUGACUUACCGCGCCCCUGGCGCGCGGACGUCGGCGGCCCGCAUGCGCGCGUUCUGGUGGGAGAGACCGUGCUUACGCUCGACCAGCGCGCGCCGGGGGCCGAGGACGCGCCGACAUCUGUGACCGGGGACGUCGUGCCCGCGUACACGGCGUCGCGGGUCUGGCCGGCGUCGGCCGAGCUCGCGCUGCACGUGGCCGACGUCGUCCGCGGCCGGAGCGUCGUCGAGCUCGGCGCUGGCGCCGGGCUAGCGGGCCUUGCGUGUGCCGUCAAUGGCGCGGUGCGCGUCGUGUUGACGGAUCUGCCGGAAAACCUCCCUCUCCUCCAACGAAACGCGGCGCGCAACGGGCUGGACGUCUCCGUCGCGGCGUUCGACUGGAUGGCGCCGAAUACGCUCGGCGAACGGUUCGACGUCGUUCUAGCCGCGGAUUGCGUCUUCUGGCCCGAGCUCUUCGAGCCCCUCUUGGACGCCAUCGAGGCGGUCGCCCGGCCGGACGGCACGGUGCUGGUCGCGGUCACGCACCGGCUCGGGCGCACGGAAGCGUUCUUCGAACAGCUCCGUCAGCGGGGCUGGACGGCGUCGGCGCGCCCUCGCCGGCGCGACGCGCCGCAGAACACGGACGUGUACGAGGUUAAGUUGUAGUGUGUAUCAUUCCAAUUGAGUCCCCCCCGGCUCGGACCGAUCUUCCCGCCGCCGCAGCAUACGAGCAAAAAGUUAUAUCGAAAUCGUACGUAACGAUCACGGCGCGUCUCUACGGCGCGUCGACGAGGCGUGAGAUAGGGAUUGGGGCGGCGUUCGGGAAUUCCUUUCGUUCGUGA